CAACAGCAACAGCAACAGCAACAGCAACAGCAACAAAUGCAGCAGAAUAAUCUGCAAAUAAAUACAGCCGUGGCACCAACAUACCAACAUCAAUAUGGCACACAACCUGAAGCUGCUCCUGUCGCUUCUCCUGUGUCACCUAUUCCGCACGAACAAUAUGGAAAUCAACCAGUUGUGGCUGGUACAAGUCCUUCGUCCCCAAAAUCACCCUACGAUAAUAACAACAGCAAGGUGGAUGCUACUCAAUUUACAGCCGAUGCAAACAACCAUAUCAUAGUAGGAUCGAUGAUGCCGGCUAUUGUACCCGCUACCGCUACUACUAAUGGUCAACAGGAGCAAUAUUACAUGCAGCAGCAAUAUCAACCUCAAAUUAAUUUACCAUACCAACCAGAUACUACUUAUCAGCAAGAAGGUGCAGCCACUGUUGCUCAGAAAACAGCUACAGCUGUUACGGCCAUCUCUCCUCAACAACAGCAGUCAGAUCCACUCGCACCUACCCAAUCCAACUCGCUUGGAGUCUUCCAUGUUAUUGCGACGUAUACACCUACCCUUAGUGAUGAAAUUGAUAUACAGCUAGGGGAUCAAAUAGAGGUUCUGGUUGAAUAUGACGAUGGAUGGUGCCAAGGUAUCAAUUUAACGCGCGGUCAAGCCAAGGGUGUCUUCCCUAGACACUGUGUUGAUCAUCAACCGCUUGGUGUUUCGACAACUGCAGUAGCCGGUGACACCAAUAAUAUUUCAGCAAAUCCUGCGCUUCAACAGCAGCAGAAAAAUGAGGCUGAUAAAAUGAAGAGAGUCAGUUCAAUGAUCGCUUAAAGUUAAUAUGCUGAUUAUUAGCUAAUCUUUAUGUAUAAUGUACAUUAUCGCCACUCUACUUCAUUACCCUCCCUCAUUUUCAUAUCAAUUUAUGCAUCUUCAAUUAUUUUAACCUGUAUUUCUAACCAAACAAUUAAAUUUAUUCCGUGAAAUUAUAAAUCAAUAUUUCUUAGAGGAAUGACUUCGUCAUUAUUGUUUCGUCGCCCUACAAUCUGAUUAAACAUAGUUUCCUGACUUCGAGAUCCAGUUUGAACAUCUUCAAUUGUAAAAUGAAAUUUAGUUACGAGGUAUAAACCUUUAUUACAUGUAUAUAUAUAUGUGUGUGUGUGUGAGUGAGAAAAGAAUGGAUAUGUACAGGAUUAAGAUAGUGUAACUUUAUAAAGG